AUGAAGUCAUUCAACAGGAGCAAAAGAAAAGGGCAAGUCACAUCGGCUGAAGAUCUCAUACGUACCGUACUUCCUAAAGAUGCACUAGCUGUCUCGAUUAUAACAUCACUUCCCCUGGCCACACUAAGACUUCCUCUUCUCCGGCUUCAAAGCCGGUUACAUUCUUUCUCCGAGAAGCCUGUUAUAGAGCAUAGCCAAACCUCGCUUCCGGAAGUUCACUACAGAAAGGAGGCUUUCUUUAAGACUUCCAAAGCCCAGAACAGCAGAAGUCGUUUUAUCUGUCACGAGCGCCUACCCGAAAAAGAGAGGAUUUUCUCAAAGGUUCUUUCACUCUCUUAUUACUACUACUUUACUUCUUUUCCUACGAGCUUACUUACUUUCCUUACUGAACUGAACGGGGCGAGCGGAAAGAGCUCUGUCUCGGCUACUAGCUAUAGCGGUUCUCUGUCUGCUGCCGGUUGUCUCGGCUCUUUUCCCUGA